GUCCAGAACGUCUCCCAGUCCAUGGAGGUCCUUGAGUUGCGGACGUACCGUGACCUCCAGUAUGUGCGCAGCAUGGAGACCCUCAUGCGGAGCCUGGACGCACGGCUCCGGGGGGCCGAUGGGUCCCUCUCAGCCAAGAGCUUCCAGGAGUUGAAGGACAGGAUGACAGAGCUGUUGCCCCUGAGCUCAGUGCUGGAGCAGUACAAGGCGGACACACGGACUAUCGUGCGCCUGCGGGAGGAGGUGAGGAAUCUGUCCGGCAGCCUCGCAGCCAUCCAGGAGGAGAUGGGCGCCUAUGGGUACGAGGACUUGCAGCAGCGGGUGAUGGCUCUGGAGGCCCGGCUCCAUGCCUGCGCCCAGAAGCUGGGCUGUGGGAAGCUGACUGGGGUCAGUAACCCCAUCACCGUUCGGGCCAUGGGGUCCCGUUUUGGCUCCUGGAUGACUGACACGAUGGCCCCCAGUGCGGACAGCCGGGUCUGGUACAUGGAUGGCUAUUACAAGGGCCGGCGUGUCCUGGAGUUCCGCACUCUGGGAGACUUCAUCAAAGGUCAGAACUUUAUCCAGCACCUGCUGCCCCAGCCGUGGGCGGGCACGGGCCACGUGGUGUACAAUGGCUCCCUGUUCUACAACAAGUACCAGAGCAACGUGGUGGUCAAGUACCACUUCCGCUCGCGCUCCGUGCUGGUGCAGAGGAGCCUCCCGGGCGCCGGUUACAACAACACCUUCCCCUAUUCUUGGGGCGGCUUCUCCGACAUGGACUUCAUGGUGGAUGAGAACGGGCUCUGGGCCGUGUACACCACCAACCAGAACGCGGGCAACAUCGUGGUCAGCCGGCUGGACCCGCACACCCUCGAGGUCACGCGGUCCUGGGACACCGGCUACCCCAAGCGGAGCGCGGGCGAGGCCUUCAUGAUCUGUGGCGUGCUCUACGUGACCAACUCCCACCUGGCCGGCGCCAAGGUCUACUUCGCUUACUUUACCAACACGUCCAGCUACGAGUACACGGACGUGCCCUUCCACAACCAGUACUCCCACAUCUCCAUGCUGGAUUACAACCCCCGCGAGCGGGCCCUCUACACCUGGAACAACGGCCACCAGGUGCUCUACAAUGUCACCCUCUUCCACGUCAUCAGCACUGCCGGGGACCCCUAG